AUGGCCGAACUCGUUGAGAAAGCAAAGCGCGCCGCUGGAAAGGCCGCCGUCGACAACCACUACCCCAAGAACGCCAAAUUCGUAGGCAUUGGUAGUGGAUCUACGAUCGUUUACGUCGUUGAAGCCAUCAAGGAGCUAGGCAUCGAUACCUCCAGCACGUGCUAUGUGCCGACGGGCUUCCAGUCCAAACAGUUGAUCGUCGCGGCCGGCCUGACAGCGGUUGAUUUCGAUGCCAUUCCCGAAGGAACAGUGCUUGACAUUGCAUUCGACGGAGCGGACGAGGUGGAUGAUGAGCUUAACCUGAUUAAGGGCGGCGGUGCUUGCCUGUUCCAGGAAAAGAUUGUUGCGUUACAAGCGAAAGAGUUCAUUUGCGUUGCCGACUCAAGAAAACUGCAGUCCCGUCUCCUCUCCAACUGGAAGUACAUUCCCAUCGAAGUGGCUCCGAUAGCCGCUAAGCGGGUGCUUCCUGCCCUAAAACAGCUGGGUAGCAUUGAUCCAGUGCUCCGCCCUCAGGCCACCCCUUCGGCUGGCUCCAAGCUAGGCCCCCUGAAAACGGACCAGGAUUUCUACAUCAUCGACGCCCCAUUCCAAACUCUUCUCACAAAGGCGGACGUCGCCGCUGGAAAGGACGGUAGUGGAAAGGAUGGCAUCUGGGAGGUCGACGCUCUGUCAUUAGCGAUUAAGCAGAUCCCCGGUGUCCUAGAUGUUGGUAUCUUCUCUGGCAUGACAGGUCCUCAGGCCCAAGCCCUCGGGGGCAUUGGAGGCCAGAAGCCCGUUGCGGCCUACUUUGGAAUGCCCGACGGCUCAGUGCAGGUCAGAAAGGCGGCUGAUUGA